CAGGGUGAUGUGAAGCUUCAAUUCGCGAUUUUCGCGAGAUUCCAGGAAAAGGGGUGAAAAUUGUAAACAAGAUUGUUGCGGAUAGGCACUAGAAGGUUACUGCAUGAAAUAUUUGUAUGUAUUAUAAAAGGAAUCAAUAUGUCGUUACGUACUUUACCACUGCUAUUCAUCAAUCUGGGAGGUGAGAUGAUGUACAUUUUGGAUCAAAGACUUCGAGCACAAAAUAUACCGUCGGAUAAAUCCCGGAAAGUUCUGCAUGAUAUUGUCGGUGCCAUGCUCAAUAAACGUUUUGUGGAAGAACUCUUUAAGCCCCAAGACCUGUACACUAAGAAAGCUAUGCGAACAGUUUUCGACAGACUGGCUCAUGCCUCUAUCAUGCGAUUAAAUUCUGCUAGUAUGGACAAGCUGUAUGACCUUAUGACGAUGGCAUUCAAGCACCAGCUGUCGUUGAGUUUGCGCCCUCAAGACAUCCUACUAGUCACCUUGAACCAUCUUGACGCCAUCCGUAUGUACGUGGAAGAUGUACCUGUUAUCAGAAACCAGGUGGAAACCGUCCAUCAAAUGCUAUAUAAGGUAUAUGCGUCUAUGUCCCCAGGAGAAUUGCAGCUUCUAAGACAGACAUUAUUAACCUUCUUUCAAGACACACAUAUAAGGGUUUCAAUAUUUCUCAAAGACAAAGUACAGAACUCUAAUGGUCGCUUUGUUCUACCAAUAAAUGGCAAACUACCAUUUGGUGUAGAAAUUCCAGGAACAAUCAGGUAUCAUGAUGGAUCUGACAAACCAAUACAGACGUCCAAAUUCCAUAUGAAACAGAACUACACAGUCAACAAGACAGAAGGCACUUACCAACUUAAAGGCAAUAGAGUAACUAAGCUUGGCACAAAUAUGUAUAGUAUUGUUCGACCGUCUGAAACCAAUGUUUCACACACCAAGCCUAUGGAGCAUGUCAAACCAGUCUCUGAAGAAAGGGCUUCUGCAAAUAUAAACCCACUUGUGAAAGCGGAGUUGAAUCUGCUGGCACAUUUAAUGGGCUCAGUUGAUAUCCAAUCAUCAAGCAAGAAAGACACUGCUAUAAAACUCUCACUUUUCAAUACGGAUGAAGAAGAACAACAAUUCAAAGAAACAAGACCACCAACAGAGAUGUAUGAUUGGAAUGUGAUUAAGAUUGAUGCCUCAAAGAACAAAACAAGAGAUGAAUUGAACAAAAUAAUGGGUGAUUUAGACAUAGGUGGAUCGACAUCAUUAAGCAACAAGGGUGAUGACCUGCUUGAAUUGAUGGACAGCUGCUAGGUUUCCAUGGAUACAUCAAAAGUGACAGGUUCAUAUUGUGUGCCAUACAGCACGUGACAAUCAUGAUGCACCUUGAUAUUAGUAUUUGUUUGUAUUUGUAUCAGCUUUGUCAUUAUUGAUUCACUUUUGUUUUUUAAUAGGAUUUUUAUCUGUUAGACUUAUGUGAUACUGUUUGAUAAGACUUUGUGAGGCUUAAGUGUGGAGAUUAAAAUGUUUGACAAACAAUCCUGGUUUUUAAGAAGCCACAGCUUCACUCACUGUACUGCAUUUCUUUUAAAUAACAUGUUACAUUAAAGAUAUUAUCAUAAAAUAGAUUCAAAUUAUUAUUUGUUAUUAAUUGGUGAGGAAAAUAUUUUCUUCUUAUUUUUAACUGAAAGCUAAGAACUUACAAAUAUAUACCUUUGAGUUUAUUACACACUCUAGGCUAUCUUAAGUCAUGUACUCAGUAAAAUUUGAAGAUAAGAGGCUAUAUUCUGUGGUCUUAGAAUGUAUUGAAUUAAAAAUUUAUUUUUCUGUGUAGUCCAAUAAAAUUGUAUUUGUGCCCAGAAUGAAUAGACAAAUGUAUCUUUCAAUGCAUAAACUGAGAAUAUUUAAAACAAAUUAAAAUAUCAAUAUACAAUAUAUUAAUUCACAACAAAAAACAAAAGCCUGGUUUUCAUAAAAUUGCUACACACUAUCGCCAAUUGGUUUGGCGAUGCUCAUUGGUCGGUUGAAUCAGGGAGCUUUCCCGAUGGCGUCGGGGACAGCUACGCAGUGCAAGGAUUCCAGUAAAAACGCUGUAGCAACUGCGUAGCAAUUGUAUGGAAACCAAGCUUAAACUUGGUACAUUAGGACCAAAACAUUUCCAUUGCCACUCAUUCUUAUAGGAGUUGAUUCGACUCAUCUUAUUUGAAGAAUCUUAAUUUGUAUUGCAGUCUUUCUGCAUUUGUCUCUAAAGGUGUUUUGUAAACAAUAAAAUAUUUUUGUAUUUUUAAUAAAGCAUGUACUCAUUUGGCAGCACUAGCAAAAUACUGGCAAAACUAAACAGAUGUUUUGCCCCUUUCCUACAUUCUUGAUAAAUGUUGACUUCGCAAAAUGUCUGGAAAGAAAUUGGAUAUAUGUGAAAGUCAACAUAAAUCAAUUAAUUAUAAAUUUAUUAACUAGGAAAUAAUAUUUAUAUUCAACAUCUAUAUUCAUUAUAAGUGUAUGCAUUGCCUUGAUACUAAGGAAUGUGCAAGAACUGUUGUAAAUACUUUUAAAAGCAGUGUGUGGUUAUUACCAUUAUUUUGUCUAUUCUUAAAUGUUUUGUCACUGCUUGUAGUAGUGAAGGUAGGUGAAAUUCAGUAACUUCUAGUGGAUUUGAGAUGAUGCUGUGAUAUAAAAUCAUGGUUAAUUUGAAAUGUUACGUUAUAUUAGACUCGAAAAAAGAACAAUGUUUAUUUAUUCUUUAUAUUUGGGCUGUUGAUGAUAAACUACCUGAAUAAAUAGUAUGAACUA